GCAGGGUGCCACGUGCCCACACGCUCUGCCCACAGGACCUGGAGGAUGAUUCUAUGUACUCCGUCCAUGUCCCUGCAGGCCUGUACCGGAUCCGCAAGGGGGUCUCUGCCUCGUCCGUGCCGUUCCCACCUUCCUCCCCGUUGCUGUCCUGCAGCCAGGAUGGAGGCCGCCACAUGAGCAAACUCUCUCGCCACGGCAGCGGGGCGGACAGUGACUACGAUAACACUCAGAGUGGGGAGCCGCUGCUCGGGCUGGAAGGGAAACGCUUCUUGGAUCUGGGGAAGGAGGACGACUUUCACCCCGAGCUGGACAGCCUGGACGGAGAGCUGGACCCCGGCCUGCCCAGCACGGAGGACGUCAUUUUGAAAACCGAGCAGGUCACCAAGAACAUCCAGGAGCUGCUGCGGGCAGCCCAGGAGUUCAAGCACGACAGCUUCGUGCCCUGUUCAGAGAAGAUUCACUUGGCAGUGACCGAGAUGGCCUCCCUCUUCCCGAAGAGACCCUCCCUGGAGCCCGUGCGCAGCUCCCUCCGCCUGCUCAACGCCAGCGCGUACAGGCUGCAGAGCGAAUGCCGUAAGACGGUGCCCCCCGAGCCGGGCGCCCCCGUGGACUUCCAGCUGCUCACCCAGCAGGUGAUCCAGUGCGCCUACGACAUCGCCAAGGCGGCCAAGCAGCUGGUGACCAUCACCACUCGAGAAAAGAAGCAGUGACCAAGCCCCCUCCCCGAGACCUCCCACCCCCUGCCCUCCCCUCCUGGGCCCCCGGCCGGCUCGCCUUCCGCACUCGCUCCUCCCCAUCCGAGUAGCCGCUGGCACAAGUGCCCUUAAGGCUGCCCUGGGCGCCGGGCGGCCGUGAGCCCUGGUGUCCGGCCCCCUCUUGUUCCCCUCCCAGGAAGGACGGGGGGUGGCGAGGGACUCUCUGCCCACUGGAAGUGAGGUGUGACUCAGGGACAGAGUCCAGACAGUGGGACCCGGGCCCCUCCCACCUCCCCGUUGUAAAUAAGACCUUUCCCUAGCAGUUAUGGGUGGGGGUGAGAGCCCUGGGACGGCCCCCUCCUUCCCCCCAGCCCCCUCCUUCCCCACCUCCCUUAGGCUCCUGCAGCAAAGGAUCAGGGGGAAGGGACACUCCACGCUGGGGCACGCUCCCCACACACGCACACCCACCCCCAUGAGCCAGUUUAGUCCCCUUGUGGGCUGAGCGGGGGGCACCCCCCCUUGUACAUAGUCCCCCCGGAUGUCCCCUUCCCCAUAGCCACCAGCCCCUCUGCUGCUCUCUCUGAUGCCAAACGGCCCCUGCCCUUGGGGUGGGCUCAGCGCCCACCUUGGGGCUCCCAGCAGCAAACACUGGAAAUUGUUUUUCUUAAUUUUAACUUUGUGGUAACUGAGUGUCCCUGUGUGCCUGAGUGUGAGUGAAUGGGCGGCAGUGCCGUCCAGCGAGGCUGCUUCCUUUGGGAAUUUUUUUGGGGGGGGUUGUGCUGGGGGGGAAGGAAGGGAAGAAAAUGAGGACAGAGAUGGGGAUGGGACGACCCUGGAGCCUCCCUCUUCCCUACCUGGGGCAGAGCUGUGCCAACUUGAGCUGUGGUUGUACCAGCCACAAUCCCCAGCCCCGUGCCCCCCUUUUUCCCCCAUGCCCCCUCCCCAGUGUCCCCUUUUUUUUCUAUGAAGAGGAGCUGUGGCCUUAAAACUGAAAUGCCCUGCCCCCUUCACCCGGGUAGGCUGAGGAGGAUGGGUGCUGGGAAGAAAUGACUCUGCCUCGCCAGAAGGGCAAAGGACCCUGAGCCUGGGGCUGGCUCCCCCGGGGUCCCGAACUCCUCUGCUGGGCCCAAGUCCUCACCAUCUAAGUCCCUUCUCAUGCCCCAACCAUUCCAAGGGCCCAGUGUGGGGCCCAGAUCCCACCCUGGGCACCUGCCCCUCGCCAGGGCUCUCGAGCCACGCCAUGCGGUCCUGGCAGGGGUGGGCUCUCCGGCUCCUCUCCUUCCUCACCCCCUCAGGGCUGGGGGCUGGGGCUGGGCUGUGUCUGUAUGGUGGUGGGUGGGCUGACUGUCAGAUGUGUGUCAUGUACAUUUGUAUCAAAAAUAAAAUAAGUGAUCAU